CGAAGCUUCGCGAAUUCGCGAGAAUGCACCGGCGAAGAGCUCCAAGUUUGCACAUAUAGAGACUCACGCUGUACCGAACCCAUUGUAACAUCACAACAGCAUGACCCAGAACUUCACGGAGAAAGCGCAAGAGACGCUGCAAAAUGCUUUCCAGAUUGCGCGCGAUCACUCGCAUGUCCAGGUCUUUCCUGUCCACGUCGCCAGUGCCUUGCUAGCAGAGGACGGCAGCUUGCUCAAGUCUGUCGUCGAGCGUGCAGGUGGGGACUCGGUCAAGCUCAAUAGGGCCUAUCAGAAGGCGCUCGUCAGGCUACCGAGCCAAGAACCACCGCCGGACGAUUACUCGCCCUCGAGCUCGCUUGCCAAACUCAUUCGAUCAGCUCAGGAUCUCCAGAAGAAGAACGGCGAUUCCUAUGUUAGUCAGGAUCAUCUCAUCUCUGCCCUCCUCGGCGACGAUAGCUCGCUCGCUCUCCUGAAAGAGUCCAGCGUCAAUCCUGUCCAACUCAAAAGCGCCAUUGCCGAAGUUCGAGGAUCCCGCAAGGUCGAUUCUCGUCAGGCAGAAGAAGGUUUCGAUGCUCUCAAGAAGUAUGCGAUCGAUAUGACUGCAUUGGCUGAGCAAGGCAAGCUCGACCCCGUCAUAGGACGUGACAAUCAGAUCCGUCGCGUCAUUCGCAUCCUGUCCCGUCGCACAAAGAGCAACCCUGUCUUGAUCGGAGAGCCAGGCGUCGGCAAGACGGCCAUCGUCGAGGGACUCGCACAGCGUAUCAUCAACCGCGAUGUACCGCCCGGCUUACUCGGUCGUCUCUGGUCGCUCGACUUGGCCGCUCUCACUGCCGGCGCAAGCUACAAAGGCCAAUUCGAGGAGCGCGUCAAAGCACUCCUAUCUGAGCUCGAGAAAGCGACGUCACCUAUCAUUCUAUUCGUCGAUGAAUUACAUCUGAUCAUGGCAGGGCAAGGCAACGGAUCGAUGGACGCGGCCAAUCUGUUCAAGCCCAUGCUGGCUCGUGGCACGCUCCGAAUGAUAGGUGCCACCACUCUGGUCGAAUAUCGCAAGUACAUCGAAAAGGAUGCAGCUUUCGAGAGGCGCUUCCAGCAAGUCCUUGUGACGGAGCCUUCCAUACCAGAGACCAUCUCCAUCUUGCGCGGCCUACGCGAGCGCUACGAACUUCAUCAUUCGUGCAGCAUUCUCGACUCUGCUCUUGUCGCUGCUGCCAAGCUCGCACAUCGUUACUUGCCUGCUAGGAGAUUGCCCGAUAGCGCUCUCGAUUGCGUGGACGAAGCUUGCGCUGGCGUACGCAUCGCUAGAGAUUCGCAACCUGAAGCAAUCGAUCAGCUCGAGCGUCAACAUACCCAGCUCAAGAUUGAAGAGCACGCUCUGGGCCAAGAUCGCGAUAAGAAAGCUUCUGCUGCUCGUCUGGUCGAAGUCAGGGAAGCAAUCGCUCGAAUUGACGAAGAGCUUCAUCCUCUCAAAGCCAAACACGAAGCCACCAAAGCUCGCGGCAAAGAGAUUCAGGCGCUCAAGGAACGUAUCGACGAUCUUCGCACAAAGGCAGAGACCGCCCAGCGAAAUCAAGACUUUGCGACUGCCUCGGACAUUCGAUUCUAUUCGAUACCAGAACUCACGAAGAAGCUCGAGAAGAUGGAGGAGGACAAGCGCGCAGCAGAUGUAGAGCGAGGGGAGGCAGACGACGUCGUGACGCCAGACGAUAUUGCAGAAGUCGUAGGCCGCUGGUCGGGUAUACCCGUCAGCCGUCUCAAGCAAGGCGAAAAGGAGAAACUGCUCAACCUCGAGCGCACAAUGUCCAAAGAGAUCGUCGGACAACCGCAGGCCAUCAAAGCUCUGGCAAACGCUAUACGACUUUCCAGGAGUGGGUUGGCAGAUCCUAAGAAACCUCCCGUGUUCAUGUUCACGGGGUCAUCUGGCUCGGGCAAGACGCAGACUGCAAAGUGUCUGGCGAAGUUACUGUUCGAUUCGGAGGAGGCCAUGAUACGCAUCGACAGCUCUGAAUACUCGGAACCUCAUUCGAUUUCGAGGCUCAUUGGCUCUGCGCCAGGCUAUGUUGGCUACGAAGAAGGCGGCACGCUCACGAACAAGGUCAAGGAGAGACCUUACUGUGUCUUGCUCAUUGACGAGAUCGAGAAAGCCUGCCGCCAAUUCUGGAUGCUCUUGCUACAAGUCUUUGACGAUGGCAGACUGACCGACAACAAGGGCGUGGUCGUUGACUUUUCGAAUACUAUCAUCAUCUGUACGACCAAUCUUGGCUCGGCUGCUCUCAACGAAGUCGACAGCGACGCACCUCUCCCGCCAGCAGUCAAAGAUGCAGUGGAUGCUGCCAUACGUGCCUACUUCCCUGCAGAGUUCAUCAACCGCAUCUCCAGUGUCGUCAUCUUCAACAAGCUCAGUCGCAAGCAUAUUCGCAAGCUCGUCGACCAUCGUCUGCGCGAGAUCCAGCACCGAUUGGCAGCGAGUGGCAAGACGAUCCAGCUCAAUCUGGACGAAGCGUCGAAAGAUUGGCUCGGUACUGCUGGCUACUCGAAUGCUUACGGGGCGAGACCGCUCAACCGUGUCAUCCAGAGCGAACUACUUAACCAGCUCUCGCGUAUGAUCCUCGACGACUCGAUCUUGGACGGCGAGACUGCAAAUGUCACAUGCGAUCAUCAAGCUAAUCGACUCGUGAUCCUUCCCAAUCAUCAGAGCACGAUUCAGAGCAUGGACAUCGACGAGGAUGAGGAAUUGCUGGACGAUGUGGAUAUCGAAGAAGUCGACUAAUUUGAACGAUACCCGGACUGCUAGCAUUAUCUCGGCUGUAGAAUGUAAAAUUGCAACUUUUAGCGUCAUGAUCUUCAUUACUGCUCGCGUCCGAGAUCCCCCUUCACUUCUCCUUGCCACUUCACCACCACCAUGUCGACCAAACUACUCACUCCUCGCCCCCAUCGCCGUUUGGGGCGUUGGCAUCGGUACACACAUUUAUGGCCUGAUGUCGCAAAACCUGUCAGGAACGGUCAGUUCCAUCCACUGCGGAACACGACCCAAGCUGAUGCGAGAGAUCAGGGCGAGUUUGACAAUGUCGCACCGAGAGCGUACUUGCAGAAGAUGCAGUCCAUCCCCAAGCCAUCUGCUCUCCAGCGUC